AUGGCUACCAAUCGUUUUGGAGGUACACGCUGUAUAGGAUUUGGGUUUAGUCCAAUUGUUAAUGACUAUAAGAUCGUAGUGAUUUAUAAUGAUCGGGGACGUGAUAAGGUUUGGGGAGUGUAUCAAGUUAGAGUGUAUUCCUUAUGGGCAAAAUCGUGGAAGGAAAUAGAAUUUGGAAACUUGGAGGGUUUAUAUAUUGACUCUUAUCAUCAUAGUGUUAGUGCCAACGGAGAUGUCUUUUGGUUCGGAUUCAAGAGUGCAGAUGAUGAUUAUUGCUCAGUAGUUUCAUUUGACAUGGCAAAUGAAAUUUUUACAGUGAUACCAUUGCCUGCAUCAGGUUAUGAUUGUUUUGUAAAAAGUCUUACAGUGUAUGAGAACAACCUUGCUUUGCUUUGUACCGGAUGGAUUGCACAGAAUGAACACUGCGUUAAAUUGUGGGUGAUGGAGAAAGGUUCACGUACAUCAGGGGAGAGAUGGAUUUGGACUCACAAAUACACUAGCAACAUUUGUUCGGGUUUGGCAAUGUUAUUUCCUAUUACUAUUUGGGGCAAUGAAAUCAUGUGCGAACCAGAAUUUGAAUCUGAUCCUGAAUCUGAAUCUGAAUCUGAAUCUGAAGGCGAGGAGGAUGAUGACCCAAUUACUCCUCUAUACAUGUUCAAUAUUGCUAGUAAUGAAUUUAGGAUAUUUUCUAUCCCUGACUGUGGCAAAGGCUCUAGCCUAAUAAUUGAAAACUAUGUUGAAAGCCUUGUAUCAAUUAGCAAUAUCCUUGUUGAGAAUCCUUGA